AUGGUUCCCUAUGAUUCAUCCAAGGUUCAUUCGUUUACCAAGUUUCAUCAAAAUCAAAAGGUCACUUAUUUCUCUACUACAUGGUGUAUAUACUAUGAUACUCUCCAUUCUGUCAACAGUUCUAUUUGGGUUAUUUUUAGUCAUUCAUUCACAUGUCAAGUGGACAUUAGUCAGUGUUGCUUACAAUAUAGCGAGUGUGAAUAUUUGAGCUAA